UCGUACCAACGCCUCUCUGUCUGCAGUCAGUCGAAGACGAAGAAAAAGAGGAAGGGGGGAAACCCGUUGUAGGGCGACCUCUCUGAGCGCAUCUUACGCCCUGCAUCUCACUAACACACAGCCCACAUCACGCAGUGAAGACUUGUGUCACGGGACUAAAACGCCUGUGUAACUUGGAACACUGUGCCCGAGAGUUGCCGUGGGUGGAAAUGAACUCUGAAGGUGGGCUUCGUGUCGGCGCAUUCACCGUAAGAAUCGGCGCUUCUGCUCAUCACCAGUCCACAUGAGAAGUUUGACAGGAGCAGGUUGAAGGGAGUCUACCAGUGCUUCCGAUAGGCUGUUCACUUUGCAGGCUGCAGCUCGCGGUCGGAACUCGACCACUGCUCCACAGGACACUGAGGGUUGCAUGCCUCAGUGCCAAGAAAUUGCAAUACGUGGGAGACCUCUGCUAAGAAGAAAUACAUUUGUGGAGGAUGGAGGAGAGAACUGAGGAAGGACACACACAGGAGAACGGAGGCAGUGAUUGUGCAGCCAGACAGCCUCGCACCUCUCCCUGCACCAGUCUGAGGAUGUUUCUGGUGGCAUUGUCCUUUGCCUACUUCGCAAAGGCUCUGUCGGGGAGCUACAUGAAGAGCACAAUAACCCAGCUCGAGAGGCGCUUUGACAUCCCUAGUUACCUAAUAGGUGUCAUUGACGGGAGCUUCGAGAUAGGCAACUUACUGGUGAUAGCUUUUGUCAGUUACUUUGGAGCCAAACUCCACAGGCCAAAGAUCAUUGCAGUGGGCUGUGUAUUGAUGUCCAUCGGCACCUUCAUCAUAGCUCUGCCUCAUUUCAUCAUUGGUCGCUAUGAGUUUGAGACAUCAGUGCGGUGGGUAGUGAACUCAACUCUUAACCCCUCUCCGUGUCGGCCAGACUCACUAGCAAACCUGACAGAAGACGGUACACUACCUCAAGUGCCAGCCUCAGGUUGUGAAGGCGAGUCCAACCUGUCCAUGUGGAUCUAUGUGCUCCUUGGAAAUGUUUUGCGCGGGAUUGGAGAGACACCUGUUCAGCCUCUGGGAAUCUCGUAUAUAGAUGAUUUUGCCACUGAGGAGAAUGCUGCACUUUAUGUUGGUUGUGUGCAGACCAUUUCAGUGGUUGGCCCUGUGUUUGGUUACCUAUUGGGCUCCCUUUGUGCCAAAAUCUAUGUGGACAUUGGAUUUGUAAAAAUGGAGACCAUCACCAUUACCCCAUCAGAUUCCCGCUGGGUGGGGGCCUGGUGGCUGGGUUACCUCAUAGCUGGGGUUAUCACCCUUCUUUCUGCUAUCCCAUUCUGGUUUCUGCCCCGCUCACUACCCGUGUCCAGGCCAGAGGUCCCAGAGAAGUGCACACCAGAGCAGACGAGUUUCAUCAAAGGCUCUCCCCUUCUGAAGCACAAGUACUCAGCAGAUGAACACACUAGCUUUAUAGAGAUGGCCAAAGACUUCAUUCCAACCCUGCGAACGCUGCUGGCACACCCAGUCUAUCUGGUCUACCUGUGCGUGACAAUCAUUCAGCUGAACUCUCUCAUCGGCAUGGUCACUUACAAGCCCAAGUACAUUGAGCAGCACUUCAGACAAUCAGCUUCAAAGGCCAACUUUCUGAUGGGUGUGAUAAAUAUCCCAGCUGUGGCACUGGGGAUGUUUUCUGGAGGUCUGCUGAUGAAGAGGCUGAAGCUGAACAUCAUGGGAGCAGCCAAGUUCGCCUUUGGCACAUCCCUUAUAGGUUACAUCCUGUCACUGUUCUUCUUCGCAAUGAGUUGUGAGAAUGCCAAGGUGGCCGGGGUGACACUUUCAUAUGACAACAUCGAAAAGAUAUCGUAUGAUAAGCACCCGCUCUUCACAGACUGCAACUCAAAGUGCGUUUGUUCAUCGAGCGACUGGGACCCAGUCUGCGGUGAGAACGGCAUCACAUAUGUUUCUCCGUGUCUGGCUGGCUGCACCACCUCUGCUGGCUCAGGAAAAAACACAGUCUUCUCUAACUGUUCCUGUGUCGGUGUGGCUGGUAACUAUACGGCCAGUACAGGUCACUGCCCUCAAAAGGACGACUGUGACAGGAUGUUCCCGUACUUCCUGGCUCUCUCUGUCAUCACUUCCUUUAUCAUCUCUCUUGGGGGGACACCAGGAUACAUGCUUCUUAUCAGGUGCAUCAAGCCACAGCUGAAAUCUUUGGCCCUGGGUUUCCACGCACUGGCAACACGGACCCUUGCAGGGAUCCCAGCACCCAUUUACUUUGGAGCCAUCAUUGACACCACAUGUCUAAAAUGGGGUCAGAAAAGGUGUGGGGGCAUAGGAGCCUGUCGAAUCUACAACACCACCGCCUACAGAAUAGCAUACCUGGGCCUGACUCUGAGCCUACGGACUAUCUCCUUUAUUAUUUGCAUCCCGGGCUUCAUCCUGCUCAGUCGACAGCUGAAGGAGGAGGAACGAAGCGCCAUCCACGGAGCUCUGAGGAACGGUGGAACCGAACUGGAGGUGCUCAGGAAGGAAGAGUUGGUUAUUUCUAAUUCUGACCAGCCACACCACCCAUCAGAGAACAGCACAGAUAGGCAGACACGACUUUGACAGAGCCAGCAGAGCUGACGGCCGCAUAUAUACCCACAGUAUGUCCAGAGCGCCGCUGCACACAUGCACGCUCGCUCACAUGCACGCUCGCUCACAUGAAAACAAGAUUUGCAGGGAAUCACUUGUUGUCCAGUCAUCUCAUGUAAAACAGAAAUUCUAUAUUUGUACUGCUGGAUGUGUAAAGGCUUUGUAAAUCUGACAGAAAUUUGAUAUGGCUGAAAUAUUUCUUGAAUGUACAUGCUGUUUUUCCUUUUAAGAAAAAAAAAAUACAAACACGAUAUUUUUGAGUUGAAGAAAAUAUCAGUUAGGAAAUGUGACUUGUACAGACUACUGCAAAACAGUACUAUUUUAAACACCAGCAUUUCAAAAGCUGCCUCUUUAAGAUCUUUCUUUCAAAGUUAUUCCAGCUGACAGUAGUGUUACAGAACUGAAGAGGUAAAGUGGCCUUAUAAACCAGAGGCACAACAGCAAACUGAUAUGUCCUAAAAAGAAAAAUCUGGCCUUUAGAGACCUGAGAUAUUUUUUUCUCCUUUAAGUGAGUUGUAGAAUUGCUCGUUUCAGUAACACUUGGAGGAUAUUGAUAUGAUGUUUCGGUAUGUGCCUCAUUCACUCAACUGUUACCUCUUAAUGUGUGUUUCAGAGAUCUUUAAAAAACAAUUUCAUUUUACUUUUAAAUUUCAGAUCAUCGGCUCUUUACUCGUUUAGGAAAAAACAAUUGAUUUUUGCUUUUUACUUAAAAGCCCAAAGUUGUGAGUGUAUAGCAGUUUGUUGUUUUUGUGCUUUCUGGAUAUGAACUUUGGGUCCGUUGAUAUUCAUAAUCACUAGAAAUGGGAAUUGUAUUUUAGUGAAAUCUGCUUCAGCAAACAGCUCUGCUUUUGUCAAAUUCUAGAGCCAUGACACUUACCUCUGAGUGGUGCAAAUGUUUUAGUUUCACACACACAACUGACUAAAGCUGUUAAUAGCUGGUAUCAGAUCAAAUUUGCAUCUUACACUUCUCAGUUGGGCUCCCCAGGCUCUGGUAUUACAGUUUUUUCUGAUUGCUUAAGCACAUUUUUUGUAACUAUUGGCUAAUUUUGCAAAACUCUUCAC